UUCUUCUCUUCGCUCUCUCGAUAGGCCGGCCAUCUGCCACCACGCACUGAUCGUGUUCCCCAUUACGUCGUUCGCCGCCCACCGUCGAUCCGGAUACCACAGGGUUUCGUCGGCGAUCCUCAACAGCCAUGGCCGCCAGCAGAGCAGCACAAAAGAGGUUGACGCGCGAAUACAAGACCAUCGCCGAGAACCCACCACCAUACAUUGAGGCGCACCCUUCCGAAUCCAAUAUCCUCGAGUGGCAUUAUAUUAUCACCGGUCCCGAAAACACACCGUACCAUGGCGGCCAGUACUGGGGAACUCUCGUCUUCCCCCCAAACUACCCCUUCGCGCCGCCGGCCAUCCGAAUGCACACUCCUUCCGGUCGCUUCCAGCCAUCUACCCGCCUCUGCCUCUCCAUAUCCGAUUUCCACCCCAAGUCCUUCAACCCUGCCUGGGAGGUAUCCACCAUCCUGAUAGGCUUGCUUUCUUUCAUGACCAGCGAGGAAAUGACUACUGGUUCCGUAUCCAGCACUGAGGUCGAGAGAAAGAUGCUGGCAGCACGGACAAAAUGGUGGAACUCGACCGGCGGAGGAUCCAACGCAAAGGCGAAUGUGGCACAAAAGGGCAACGUCAAGGCCGGUGACGGUGGCGCUAAGUUCCGAUCCGAAUGGCCCGACGUCGACAAGGCCAACUGGGAGUGGAUGAAGGAAACCAAAAUCGACCUGGCGACAGGUAGCAGGACGGGAGCGGCAGCAGGGGCCUCCUGUGGGCCCCAACUUGGCAUCGGGAAUGGCAGCGGUCAUCAGGCUCAGGCUGUCGUCGAUGCUGUCGUGCAACAACGAGAUGCCGGCCGCGGUUGGCUGAACCAGAACAAACUUCUCGUCGCUGGCGGUGUCGUAUUCUUCUACGUACUGCUUGCGAGAGUCUUGGGUGCGAGCGACAACUAAAGCGAUCCCAAGGGAACGAUUUCUGGCUGGAUAUAACCGUUACGUCUCGAGAAG